AGGUCCGGUGCAAGCUUCCGCCGUAGCCUUCGGUUGCUUUCCCCGCAGAAGAAAGCGAACGAACGAACGAGCGAACGGAAAAAAAAAAGAAAAAGAAAAAAGAAAGAAAGCCCCCAAUAAAACCCGAACCCAUACCCCCACUCUCCACCGCCUUCGACUCGAAGAAGCCCAAGAGACCGAAUAAUUCUCCAAUUCCUCCCCCUUCCCCUCUUUAUUAAUUCCCCCGACUCCUCUCGUAUUCCCCCGUAUUUGUUCCUCUCAUCCCAUUUAUUCCCCGAAUCCGAGAGAGAUUAAGAGAGGGGAAUGCGAGAGGGCUGCGUUCCUGGAGUUGGAUUCGAUCGCGGGAUUUUCGUCUAGGGUUUCGCGGAUCGGGCGAUCGGCGGGCCGAUCGAUGAGAGCCCCGACCGGCGGGAGCCCUAGGGUUAGAUGCUCAUCGCCGCCGGCCUUCCCGCCCUGGACCUCUCGGCCCUGCUCCAGUCCGUGCUUGCCGCGCUCGUCAUCCUCUCCGGGGUGCUCCUCCUGGUAAGGAAGGCCGCGUCCAGGUACUUCGUCGUCGACGCCAGCUUCGAGAUCGCUACCCCGAGGUACGAGGCGCGGCGCCAGAUGUCGAUCGGCGGCGACAGUGGCGGUGGAGGCGACGUUUGUGCUUCCUGCGGGAGCUUGGCGAACAAGAAGUGCUCCGGGUGCAAGAGCGUCCGCUAUUGUUCACAAACAUGCCAGUCAAAGCAUUGGGAAGCUGAGCACAAGCAUAAAUGCAAGCAAAUUAAGUUGUUAGAUAAGGCAGAGAUUGUUGCUUCUGGAAAUGUUGCUUGCAGAAGAAGGAAAUCUUCUGGCUUUAGCUCAAUUUCAUUAGUUCCUGCCCGAGGAACCUGCAAGGUGCUGCAAGAGCCAAAAAAGAUUCUUUUUCCUUAUGAUGAAUUUGUGGAGCUUUUCAACUGGGCUAAGCCAGGGUUUCCACCUUGUGGACUUAUUAAUUGUGGGAACAGUUGCUUUGCUAAUGUGGUUCUACAAUGUCUCGCAUGCACUAGACCGCUUGUUGCCUAUUUACUGGAGAGAGACCACAGUAGAGGAUGUUUUAGGAAACGGGAUGAUUGGUGCUUCUUGUGUGAGCUUCAAGUACAUGUUCAAAGAGCUAGUAAAAGUUCUCAGCCUUUUCAACCUAUGAAUAUUCUUAAUCGAUUACCUAAUAUUGGUGGCAACCUUGGGUAUGGCAGACAGGAGGAUGCUCAUGAAUUCAUGAGGUUUGCGAUUGAUACAAUGCAAUCGAUUUGCCUUGACGAGUUUGGAGGUGAAAAGGCUCUGGAUCCCAGCACCCAAGAGACAACUCUUAUUCACCACAUUUUUGGUGGUCAUCUCCAGUCUCAGGUGAUAUGUACCAACUGCAAUAUGAUCUCAAAUCGUUAUGAGAAUAUGAUGGAUUUGACAGUUGAAAUUCAAGGGGAUGCUGGGUCUUUAGAGGAAUGCUUAGAUCAAUUUACUGUCAAGGAGUGGCUUGAUGGAGAGAAUAAGUAUAAAUGUGAUGGAUGCAAUGAUUAUGUUAAAGCAUGGAAACGUCUUACAGUUCAUCAGCCUCCAAAUAUCCUCACAAUUGCUCUCAAGAGAUUCCAGAGUGGUAGAUUUGGGAAACUAAACAAGAGAAUAACAUUUCCGGAGAACUUAGAUCUUACUCCAUACAUGAGUGGCAAUGGAGAUGGCACUGAUCUGUAUUCUUUAUAUGCUGUUGUUGUGCACCUGGACAUGCUGAAUGCUUCAUUUUUUGGUCAUUAUGUUUGUUAUACCAAAGACUAUGAUGGGCAGUGGUAUAGGAUUGAUGACUGCAAGGUCAUGAAUGUUGAAGUGGAGGAAGUACUUGCUCAAGGUGCAUAUAUGCUCUUGUAUAGCAGGAAGACUGCCCGCCGGGAGCGUUUCCUUAAGCCCGUGGAUCCACCAAAGCAGCAGCUUUCUGAAGCAAUUCCCAAGUUGUCAAGCCCUUCCAUGGGCUUAAACUCUAUCAAGGUUUCCUGCCUGCCUUCUGAUGUUGAUAGCAAACCAAAUUCUAUUGAAGGUUCCUUCCUGAAGAAUACUGGACAUGAGAAAAUAUCUUCUGAAGGUGAUUCUAUAAGGAACAGAGAGCUGGAAGACAUAGAAAUGGAUGCACCUGCCAAGGAGCUUUCAUCUGUCGAAAUUCAUAGAGUGGCAGAAUCCCAUGUUUGUUCUGAUUUGGAAAGUCCUAUGGAAGAAGAUAAUGAUGGAUCAACUGGUAUAGCAGAAGCAUCCAAGGUGUCAAGUUAUGUACUGGAUUGCUGGGUCGCUGGUCAAAGUAUUGGUGAGAAGAUAGCUGAGCCAUCUUCUGCUGUUCCUACGAUAAAUUCUUCUUUUGAAAGGGUUCCUAGCAUAAAUUCAAGCCUGGUAUCCGAACCUUCAGAUGAUUUGAAGCCGGAAUCUGAGCAGGCAGUAGCAGCAUGCAGCCCAUCAGAUUCAGCUAAUGGAAUUAGCAGGUUGGAUGACACCUCCUUUAUGGAUAAAGGAAACAAAGGUUUGCCAUCGUGUUGUGAGAAUGGCUAUAGAAGGAAACCAAUGCCCCUAUUUUCUCCUGGUUUUCUUGACAGGCCUGCUAGAAAGAAAUCUGUUGAUGGUAAUGGACAAAACCACACAGGAGAUCACGGAGUUGCUCUUGCUCCCAAGGUAAAUGGUUACUACAACAGUCAUUCUGAUCUUGGCUUGUCAGAGCAAGAAUCUGAUAAUUGUUCUACAAGUCUUAAGUCAUCUUGUGAAAAUGGCAAAGAGCUUCUUCCAGAUGACACGUCAUUCAUAUCUCAUGGUUUUCUGAAAAGUUCUUAUACAAAAUCAUCAGAUGAAAAUGGCAGUAAGAAAACAGAGCCUCAGAGAUUUGAUCAUCAUAGCAAAACCAAGUGCAAUGGGUAUGUUGAACGGGCUUCUGUUGACAAAUUAGAUUUUAGGCCAGAGACGACCUGCUCAAAUGGCAUAGACUUCCCUAAAGUCGUCCAUGAGGAGUUCCAUGAGACUGCUUUUGUUCGUGAAAACGGCAAUAAGGUGUACAAGAAAGAUGGUCCACUGACACCAGCUUUACAGAACAUGAAUUUUGGGUCCGGAGGGCAGCUGAAACCACCGUCUGGGUGCCUCAAUGAGCAUGACGUGGAGCAGUUCGGUAGUAGGUUGGCUUGCUCAGAUUCUAUGGAGGAAGAUGGAAGUAUUAUUUCUGGGAAUCAGUGACAGGUAAUAGUUUGUAGAUGUGGAUACAAAUUUCUCGGAAGAUGAUGACAAAAUGUGUAGGCAAUGAUGGAACUGCAGCCUGGCCGAAGUUAACCGGAGGCAAGAAGACUGCCUGAUUUGGUGGUUAAUCAUUCUUAGAGCACUUGCCAAAGAGAGGGGGCUUGCUUUCCCUCUUGUUUGGUAUAAUUAUUUUUUCAUGGUUCCACUGAAGACAGGAGUGGAGGUGGGCCUCUGAGUUUCCACACAAUUUGCAGAAUCUCAGAGGCUCCCCUAAUGCCAUGUUCCCAUCAGUAUUUGGUGCUGUGUAUAUUCUUAUUUUUUUUUCCCUAUUAUCUCAAACUGAAAUAAACUAUAUUGGUACGGAGCUAUUGCCUGCUCCUUUUUAUGCUGCAGAUCAUCUCCAUUUGUGCAAGUGGAUGUUGUGUCAGUUCUGAUGGAACGUUGAUUGCAAGCGAUGUUA